AUGGCAAUCCUCUACGGCUCCUCCACGGUAGUGAACUACUUUGGAACAUUUAAUCUGCCCGGAACCUUCACGGUAACAGCCAUCCUGAGGGAACGGAGAGACGAUGCUCUUGGAGCGGAGCUGCUGAGGACGGCCACGGUAUUAGUCAUUAAAAAACUUGAGGGGGUACACGUUUUGCAGGAGGGGUUCACUGCCAAAAUGGAGGCGAAUAUUACUCUCAGUGCACACUCUGGUAAACAGUAA